AUGGAGGAGGACCUUAAUCUUGAGUCCCAGAGGCUUUAUGAUUUGCUACAAGCCGUGAAUGCAAAGUUGUAUCCUGGUUCUUCCCUCUCUCAACUCGCAGUGAGGGGUUAUAAUCAAAUGAUGGAACUAUUGAAAGAGGCUUUACCUGAAGAUAACAUAGUGCUUGAUAGUUAUUAUCAGACCAAGAAGCUAGGUGAUGAUGAGGACCUAACAUCUUGUAAGUUUUGUGGCUAUGAGAGGUAUAAACAUCGUGUUGGUUCUCAUAAGAGGAAAUUGGUCCCUUACAAGAAAAUCUAUUAUUUCCCUUUGAUUCCUAUAUUGCGGAGAUUAGAUGCGUCUCAUGCUACAGAUGUCGACAUGAGAUGGCAUCACGAGAAUAUACAAGAGGAGGGGGCAAUGCGUCAUCUGUCAGACUCUGAGGCUUGGAAGCACUUCAAUGAAACUCAUUCUGUUUUUGCUGCAGAACCAAGGAAUGUGAGGUUGGGGUUAUGUACGGAUGGUUUCCAACCAUUUGCCCAGCCGGGGAGAAAAUACUCUUCAUGGCCUGUGAUUGUCACUCCAUAUAAUUUUCCUCCAAGGAUGUUUACGAAGGAGGCAUACAUGUUCUUAACUGUCAUUGUACCAGGGCCAGACAAUCCUAAACAAAAAAUUGAUGUUUAUCUGCAACCUCUAAUAAAGGAAUUGACUUUGUUGUGGGAGACAAGUGUAGAAGCAUUUGACAUCUCAAAAAAGGAAAACUUUCAAUUAAGGGCAGCUUUGAUGUGGACAAUCAACGACUUUCCAGCAUAUUCUAUGUUAUCAGGAUGGAGUACAGGUGGCAACUUAGCAUGUCCUUAUUGUAUGGAGGAAACACAAUCCUUCAGAUUAAAACAUGGUGGGAAAACAACUUGGUUUGACAGUCAUAGCAUAUUUCUUGAUCAAAAUCAUCCGUUUAGGAGAGAUCGUAAAAACUUUCUUAAAGGUCAUAUUGUCACAAGGCCACCACCUACCGUUAGAACAGGAGAAAAAAUUUUGAAUCAAACUUGUGAGUUGGGGAUAAGAAAAGUAACUGAGUUAGAUGCACGAGAAGUUAAUAAGAGGAUAUGUAAUUCAUAUGGAUGGAAAAAACGAAGCAUCUUUUGGGAUUUGUCUUAUUGGAGUUCUAACAUGAUACGACAUAAUCUUGAUGUCAUGCAUAUUGAGAAGAAUGUCUUUGAUAAUGUGUUUAACACUGUUCUUAAUGUUGUUGGCAAAACCAAAGACAAUCCGAAAGCACAUCUAGAUAUUGCAAAAUACUGCGAUCGACCGCAGUUAGCAAGGAAUCCUGAUGGAAGCUAUCCCAAAGCUGCAUAUACAAUAGAAAAGAAUAAAAAAAUUGUCCUGUUCGAUUGGUUGGAAGGUGUGAAGUUUCCAGAUGGGUAUGUUUCGAACAUGAGUCGAUGCUUGGACACGGACAAAUUUAAGUUAUUUGGCAUGAAAAUUCAUGAUUGUCAUGUGUUCAUGCAACGACUAUUGCCAAUUGCCUUUCGUGAGCUACUUCCUAGUAAUGUGUGGCGGGCAAUUACAGAGUUGAGUUUGUUUUUUAAUGAUCUUACUUCAACUGUUCUUCAAGUGGUUGACUUGGAGAGAUUAGAGGUACACAUCCCACAGAUCUUGUGUAAGUUAGAACGCCUAUUUCCCCUGGGAUUCUUUAACUCAAUGGAACAUUUACCCAUGUACCUGCCAUAUGAAGCACGGAUUGCUGGACCUGUGCAAUACAGAUAG